UCCAUCGGCAUUCAUAUGAUAAAUCUAGAAAAAUCUAGUGAGAAAGUAGAACUAAAUUUCGAGCAUUAUAUAUAAGAUGCAUGUGUCCGCUCAAUAAUAUAUUCAAUUGUAAGCUUUUCCAAAUGAUCAUCUGUGAAGUUAUGGUUCUCUGCUUUUCUCUCUUGAUUCUUUGAUUUAACAAUGUUUCGAAAUUGUGAUAAUUCUGGAAGUCAGUAUGAGAAGAUUUCACAAAUUCCUAGCUAUUCUGCCUAUCAGAUCUAUAACGUUAUGUUUCAGGAAGCCUUCGUCAUCUGCAGGCUAACUAUGCAUACCGAAAAAUGGCAAGAGAGUUGCGUCAAUCAUCUUCUCGUUCAAAGAGAAGCUGUUGAGCAAGAAUAUAAACAACGGAGGAGAGAUUAUCCAAAAAUUCCACAUAUCAGGUCCAUGUUGGAGUUAUUGUUACGUGAACUUGCUCCACUUAAGGAUUUUUUUGGAACUAAAAUAUCGAAUGGAGAAGCAUUUUCACAAGAAAGCACCAACAAGAAUAAUCAAAACAUGCUUGAUUCAACCUUUGCUGAUUUUGGUUCCUUUCUGGUUGAAAAGGACCAAAACGCUGUAACAGAGGAUCUUCAAAUUGGAGAGCAAAACAACAUGCUCGUCCAAAACCUUAAAAAGAACCUACGACCAAAAUGCUACAAGUGUAGCAUGUUGGCUGUGGGUGAAGGAUCGUCAGUAGCGAGACGAUCCGUGGGUGCGGCCAACCAACCCCGUAGUGUGAGGCCGCAUGCGCCUUCACUAGUGGUUGCACCCCUAUCGGUGAAUCCUCUUCCUCAGUACGUUCCUCCGCCCGAGAAAGUACACUGUGUCGCGGUGUCUAGAAGAGAGUUUCAUUCUCCUCCAGUACAAGAAGAAGUUGCGGGAAAUGCUGGUAACAACAAUGUGGGUUAAGGAUCUGAAUAGUAAGAAGGGGUCCUCUCUUCUUCUAUUGAGUUUUUGUUUUUUACACAUUUCAUUUCUAUUAGCAAAAAAUUUAUCGAACAUUUUCUGUAAUAGGUUCAGCUAUUCUGUGGCCUUGUUGCCUAUUUCACAAGCUUAACUAAUACUCCACAUAUUGUG